GCGUUCCUCUGCGUCAUUUAUCCGCGCCACCCGGAAGGAAGCCGCGGUUCAUACCAACGAGCUGUUCUGGUUCCUGGCGACUUUAUGGAGCUCGUCAUGACGACGCCCCCUAAACGGCGGGCGGUAGAGGCCACGAGUGAGAAAGUGCUGCGCUAUGAGACCUUCAUCAGUGACGUGCUUCAGCGGGACCUGCGAAAGGUGCUGGACCAUCGUGACAAGGUAUAUGAGCAGUUGGCCAAGUACCUUCAACUGAGAAACAUCAUUGAGCGGCUCCAGGCCCCACAGGAAGCUAAGCACUCGGAGUUAUAUAUGCAGGUGGAUUUGGGCUGUAACUUCUUCGUUGACACAGUGGUCUCAGACACUUCCCGGAUCUACGUGGCCCUUGGGUAUGGUUUUUUCCUGGAGCUGACACUGACAGAAGCUCUCAAGUUUAUUGAUCGGAAGAGCUGUCUCCUCACAGAGCUCAGUAACAGCCUUACUAAGGACUCCAUGAAUAUCAAGGCCCACAUUCACAUGUUACUAGAGGGCCUUAGAGAGCUACAAGGCCUGCAAAAUCUCCCAGAGACGCCUCUUCACUGACUGCCUGCUCCCCACCCCCAACAUUAAAGAACCUGAAUGCC